AUGCGGAAGUGUUUGUCAGAUGAUUUAGGUCAUGUGGUGUAGCUCGAUUAGACGUUCUUUAAACAGACUCUGUAUGUAGUGUUAGUCAAGUAUAAUUCAUUUGAAUCUAAUUCAUUGAAUUCGGAGAUCUUGGAGACGCUUCUUCCAGCAUGCAGAACGUUAUAAACUCGGUGAAAGGCACAGCUUUGGGAGUGGCGGAGUUUUUAACGCCAGUUUUGAAGGAAUCUAAGUUUAAAGAAACUGGUGUUAUAACUCCAGAGGAGUUUGUUGCAGCCGGAGAUCAUCUGGUUCAUCACUGCCCCACAUGGAAAUGGGCAUCUGGAGAAGAAGCAAAGGUGAAGCCAUAUCUGCCCAAAGACAAGCAGUUCCUAUUAACCCGAAAUGUUCCAUGUUACAAGCGCUGUAAACAGAUGGAGUACUCUGACGAGCUGGAGGCCAUUAUAGAAGAGGAUGAUGGAGAUGGGGGAUGGGUGGAUACCUAUCAUAACUCCGGUGUUACAGGGGUGACAGAAGCAGUUCGGGAAAUCUCUUUGGAUAAUAAGGACAAUAUGAAUAUGAACGUGCAGACGGGUGCAUGCGGAAAUGGUGAUGAAGAUGAUGAAGAAGAAGGAGAGGCAGCAGACAUGGAAGAAUAUGAAGAAAGUGGACUUUUGGAGACAGAUGAAGCAACUCUUGACACAAGUAAAAUGGCUGAUUUAAGUAAAACCAAGCCAGAGGCUGGAGGGGAAGAUGCCAUUCUACAGACAAGAACUUAUGAUCUUUACAUCACAUAUGAUAAAUAUUACCAGACCCCAAGACUAUGGCUGUUUGGAUAUGAUGAGGACAGACAGCCUCUAACGGUGGAGCAGAUGUAUGAAGACAUCAGCCAGGAUCAUGUUAAAAAAACAGUCACCAUUGAGAAUCAUCCCCACCUGCCCCCACCUGCUAUGUGCUCUGUGCAUCCAUGCAGACAUGCAGAGGUGAUGAAAAAGAUUAUCGAGACAGUGGCAGAAGGAGGAGGAGAACUUGGGGUCCACAUGUAUCUUCUGAUUUUCCUGAAAUUUGUGCAAGCUGUCAUUCCUACAAUAGAAUAUGAUUACACAAGGCAUUUCACCAUGUAACUUACCGUUACACCCACAACUAUGACAACAAGUAUUGUUACUGCAUUGAGAAAGCAGCGACAAUAUAAAACUCAAAAGAGACACUGUCCUGGAAAGAUGCUGGGAAUGUUCUGUGAAAUGCUUUGGAGGAGAUCUGCUGAGUCUGAUGGUUAGCCACACACAUUUAAAUCCAGUUUUCCCAACUAUUCUUCAGCUUAAACUCUGUAUUAGCCACUUGCUCUUAAUGCUGUCCUGAAACUAAAAGUGUUUUAUUUUAUAUUUACUUUUCAAAAAAAAAAAAAAACUAUGUGACGCAUAACGAGCCAUUCUCUUGUUUUAAUGGCAAAUAAUAAAUGGCUGUCAAAAUAUGUGGGUGUUAUUUGUAUGAUCAGAAUCUUUUGGUGUGAGCUGAGCUUUGUCUUUUGUUGGAUGUAUCAACUUACAUGCCAGCUUGUCUUAACGCAUUGUUCUUUGAAUGUUGGAAUCACUGUCAUGAAUCCAGACCAUUUUUGUGGUAAAACAUAUUCACAAUCCAAAAGUCAGCAUCUGUAGAAGUGAUACAUACCACAAUUAUUGUAUGUGUGGAUUUUAACAUAUUGUUGACUUAGUAUAAAAGAGGAAGAGAAGCUGGAAAGGAUUUCAACCUGUUGAAAAAGCUUAUUAUGUGUUUCUGUCAUGAUGGUCCAUAGAUAAACAUACAAAUUUAUAUCAUGAAUAUAA